AUGGGCUCGCCUCUAUCUGGAUUAAUUGCCGAAGCGGUUUUGCAGAGGCUUGAGCGGCUGGUCUUCAGCUCGUACCCCCCAAAAUUCUGGGCCAGAUACGUCGACGACACUUUCGUUAUCAUCAAAAGGGGCGAUGUGCAGGCUUUCAAGGCACUGUUGAAUUCAAUCUUUCCCGACAUCCAGUUUACUAUGGAAGAAGAGCUCAACAAUCAGCUGGCCUUCCUUGACGUACAAGUGACAAAGCUGGAGGACGGGAAGAUAAGGACAGCGGUCUACCGUAAGGCAACUAACACCAGGCGAAUCCUCCACUUCAAGAGCAACCACCCCGUUGGUCACAAACGCAGUUGUGUCAGGACCCUCUUCCAACGCGUUCAAACAUACGGCAGCGACGACAAUGGGAGGAAGGAGGAGAUUAAGUACUUGCACGCCCUAUUUAAAGCCAACGGUUAUCCCAAGUCCUUCAUACGCAAGUGUCUUAAGAAGCCCCACCCUGAGCGGUUGGACGGAGAAAACCCGAAAUUUUGGCUCGCAAUCCCUUAUGUGAAAAACGUGUCAGAGGCGACGGCAAGAAUCCUGAAGCCUUUCGGGAUCGGAGUGGCUCAUAAGCCAGAGUCAACAAUCAGACAGCAAAUAGUGAGACCCAAAGACCCGCUACCGGUGACAGAACAAUCAGCGGUGGUCUACAGCAUACCAUGUCAAAACUGUGAUGCGAGGUAUGUUGGUGAAACGGGCAAACGUCUUGGCACAAGAUUGCAUGAACACCAGCUUGCAAUCAAUCGCAAGGACAAGCUGUCUAUGGUUUAUGGCCACGUCAAACAGCAGAACCACAAUUUCGCCUUUGAAAAGGCAAGGGUAAUCGGCCGAGCCAAUGAUAAGAUGGCCAGACUGGUGCUCGAAAGUUGGUCCUCGACUGGCACACUCAACAGAGCCAUAGAUCUGCAUCCCGCCUAUCAGGCGCUACGUACAAGGCUCGAGUCAGUGCGGACAAGGCCAUCAGGACAGUCGAGCAAAGUGAUGCGUGGCCGACAGCCGAUGUCAGCAGAAAGUGGGAGAGAAGCCGGCCGGGGAUCAUGUGACCAGCAUGCGACGCCACCUCACCGCAACACCCACGAGGCUGAGAUCAACUCACAUGAGCCCCAACAACUGUUCAGUCCGUUGAGUGACGAGGGGGAGGCCGACAAACAUGCUGGCUCACCAACAAUUACGACGGCCGAAAAGGGGUCAUUAGUGGCAGGAGCCCACCGGCGGUCAAUCGUGGAGAGGUCAACGCUAAUCGGCGGCGAACGGGCAGGUCAAAGUUCGUGCCUCGUGCACGGAUAUAAUACCAGGCAGGUAUCAAGGCUGACGCAAUCAAGACCAGCAGGAACAGUCAACGCAUUACGCUGA